AUGAGGGAGCACGACAAGGACAUUCUCGAUUUGCUUUCCGCUGGCGGCCUACUCCACAGCGGCUCGGUGCCCGUGGAACCCGCGCCCCUGAAUCUCCACCCCCCGCCCGCCAUGGCCCUGGUUCUGCCCGACUUCUCCGCGAAGGUGGUGCGGGAGACGCUGAACUUGAGCGAUGGAACGACCCUGGAGGUGACGAAGCCGCCCGGCACCGACGAUCUGACGUGGAAGGAGACGAUGCAGUAUUACGAGGCCAACCCCGAGGAGGCCCGCAGAGGCGAGAACGCCGUCAAGGACGAGAAGGCGAUACGCGACACGCUGCAGAUGCACGCCAUCCUGGACUACUACAACUCCAGGGCCAGCGAGGCCGACCCCGCCCCCGAGAUCCUCAAGCUGGAGGAGAACCCAGACCUGGCACACGUCUUCGAGGACAUCAGGGCGGACGGCUCGCAGGCCGCGAUGCGGUACUACUACAACGAGCCGCUGAUGCUGAAGUUCAACAGGCUGGCCGGAGGCCUGCCAGAGGAGGUCACGUCGAUCCUGGAGCAGAUCCAGAGGAGCCCGGUGACCAUCCAGGAGGCGGCAAAGCUUGGGGACGAGAGGGCCGUCGCGGGCUACAUCUCCGCGGGGAACGACGUGGAGGCUGCAGACUCCAAGGGCGUCACGAUCCUCGGGUAUGCCAUUGGAGCAAACCGCACCAAGGCGGGCUGGGAGACGUUCGGGAUGCCUGCGAGGAAGCUGAAGGCUCGCUCGGGCGAGUUCCGGGCGAAGGUCUGGCGCGCCCGCCCGAGGCGCCCGCCCGAGGCGCCCAUGGACGGGCUCCACCAGGCCGCUGGCGCCGCCGCGAAGAACGCGCAGGACGCGACCCCGCGCCCCGCUCGGCUCUGGGAGCUGCCGGGCGAGCCCGGCUCGCCUCGGCUCGGUGCCCACUUGCUGCGCGGGCCUCGGGGGCCCCGCGCCUGCCGCGCCCUCUGCGGCGCUCGGUGCCCGCGGCACCCGUCGGCGUCGGGAGGCAGCUGAGCUGCCUGCGGCGUCGCAGCGCUGGGCGGGCUUUCCAGGCGUCCUCGUCGGAGACUUCGCCCAGCACGUCGUCGUCGUCGCCGAGGCUGCCCCGAGAAGGGGCACUGCGUCGAGGACUCCGCGCUGCCCGUGGCGCCACUGUGGUUCGGCCCCGGGUUCGAGAUCGCGGGCGCGCUGAGCGCCGGGGGCGCGUGAAGCGCGGCCGGGCCGGGCUAGGCUGCAGACGCGCGAGGCAGCAGCAAGAUCAGUGCUCGGGACGGUCGAAACUCGGAGGAGGAUAAGGUACCCAUACCGCUACCCUUCCUCGUGUUCGCCUUUUUGGGCCUCCUUGGAGGCCCUCGUCGCCACUGCUGGAUUCGCCUCGAGAUUCUGGUCAGAACGCACCCCAGGAGAGGGUAGCACUAUCGGUACUUUUCGAUCUCCCCAGAAUUCGGUACGGAAGCAAUCGGCACAAAGACCGAC